AUGGUACAGUGUACAGUGUGUAGCGUAAAUCUAAAAUUGAAAGCCGUUGGCGCCUCCAAAGUAGAUCGUCCCGGACUAGACAGGGAGGACGAUGUUUCCGUGCGUUCGAGCGGACCAGGGUACGACAACUUUAAAUCCACGAUAUUUGGCACUGAUAUAGGACUUGAAGGCGGGUUUCAAAGUAAGCUAGUUCAAAUUAAAUACGGGGCUAUGGAAGUCAAUGUUGAAUUUGACUACGAGUCAUUCAUUUCCAUUAUUUAG